ACAUACCCGCUUCUGAGCAGCUGCUGGCCUCUAACUUCGCUCUUUUUCUCUCUCCCAUAGUUUUAGUCUUUGCUGUGAGUUGGUUAGAGUUUAUACUGUGUUGGCUGCUUAAGUAAACCUCGAGAAACGGAUCUGUUUGGCAGCAGAGCGCUUUUAAAUGUCCUGAUUUGGAGAUGCUGAAAAUAAGGGGAACAGAACAGUUAUGUGGAGCGACUGUCUGCCCGCUUCCCUGGAGCCGCUCUGAACAAGUUUGAAAAGGAAGGACGCUUGCGAUCAUGGAUAUCUAUGACCCCCAAACCCUUGGCAUUGUUGUUUUUGGUGGCUUUAUGGUGAUCUCAGCUAUCGGGAUCGCCCUGGUCUCCACUUUCUCCAUGAAGGAGACCUCUUAUGAAGAGGCCUUGGCAAAGCAGCGCCAAGAGUUGGCUAAGACCCAACCCCAGCAGCGGACGGACAAGAAGAAGAAGGACAAGGCAGCUGAAAAGAAGAACCGUGAGAAGAAGAAGAAGGAGGAGAAGCCCAAGGAGUCAGAAACAACUCCUGAUGCCAGUAUAGAAACAACAGAAGACCAGGAUGUUUCUCCAGAGCCUGAAGCCCAAGAGCCAGAGCCUAUGCUUGCUACCAAAUCUGCUCCGGCUCAAGUUGGUAAACCUGCCCCAGCUGUUUCCAUUAAAUCUGUGGAGCCCUCUGCUUCUAACGCCACUCCAAGCUCUGCUUCUAAAUCCACCCCAACUCCUGCCUCUAAAACUUCCCCAACUCCUGCCUCUAAAGCCUCCCCAACUCCUACCUCUAAAACCUCCUCAACUUCUGCCUCUAAAACCUCCCCAAUCCCUGCCUCUAAAACCUCCUCAACCACUGCCUCUAAAACCUCCCCAAUCCCUGCCUCUAAAACCUCCCCAACCGCUGCCGCUAAAACCUCCCCAACCCCUGCUACUAAACCGUCCCCUGUUCUUGCACCGACUGCUCCUGCGCAAUCCCCAGUUUCUGCCCCCACCUGUCCUGCCCCUACAGAGGCUUCAUCUGCCACUUCCCCCAAGGACAAGAAGAAAAAGGAGAAGAAAGUUGCCAAGGUGGAGCCAGCCCCGACCCAGGCACCACCUGUUGUCAUGCUGGAAACCGUGGUUAAAGAGGUUCCUGUGAUGGCGGUGCCUCCAGGGGAAUCCCAGAAGAGUGUUCCUGUGGCCGAGGCUCUGGCUAAAGCAGAGAAGCCAAAGCCAUCAGCUCCAUCCAAGAAGAAAGCAGGAUCAAAGAAGAGCACAGAAUCUGCAGUAGCAGUGGAUGCUGUGGAUGCUCCUCUACAUCUGUCUUACAAGACCCUGCUGUCCACACUGAAGAGCAUGAUGUUCAGUGAAAGUGAAGCCCAGCAGCUCGUUGAGAUCUUGUCUGAAAAGGCUGGAGUACAGGACACCUGGCACACGGCCACUCAGAAGGGAGAUCCAGUGACUGUGUUGAAGAAACAGCUGGAAGAGAAGGAGAAGCAGGUGUCUGCUGCACAGGAAGACGCUACUGCUGCCAAGAACCGCCUGAGAGAGCUGUCUAAAGAGCUGUCCGCAGAGAAGUCGAAGGUGGCUUCAGUGGAGACCCGGCUGAGCUCUCAGCUGAGUAAGCGUGAGCAGGAGAUGAUUGCUCUGCAGGCCCGCAUGCAAGCCAGCUACCAGGACCAUCUCGCUGAGACGCAGCAGCUCAAUGCUAAAGUUGCAGCUCUGCAGGAGCAGCUGGAGAAAGGCCCCAAUGCUCAGCUUGCCCGUCUGCAGCAAGAGAAUUCCAUUCUCCGAGACGCCCUCAACAAAGCCACCAGCCAGACAGACAGCAAACAGAAUGCUGAGCUGGCUAAGCUGCGACAGGACUGCGCCAGGCUGAAUAAGGAGCUGAGUGAGAAGACAGAGGCCUUACGUUCAGAGGAACAGCUCAGGAAGAGUCUGGAGACUAAGGCCACUGUUGCUGAGAAACAACUUUGUCAGCUUCAGACGUGCAGGGUGUCCAGUGAGCAGGCCCUGCAGCGGAGGCUAGAAGAGGUGAGUGAGGAGCUGAGGAAGGCUCAGAGCAGCAACAGCAGCCUGCAGACACAGUUGGGGCAGGCUCAGCGAGACAGCGUCGCCCUCACAGAGGUGCGUGGGCGCGUGGCUGCCCUGGAGGUGGAGCUGAGGGAGCAGGUGGGGCAAGUGGAGGGCCUGCGGGCGCAGUUGAGCCAGGCUGAGCUGGAGAACAGGCAGCUGCAGGAACAACUGGGCUCCGUCCGCACACUGCUGGAGGCCAGCCAGAGCAAGGAGCAGGAGCAAAACACUGAGGCUGUGGUGUCAGAGCUGGAGGAAGCAAAAAACAGCCUGAAGCAGAAAGAGAGCAGGGUGGCUUUGCUUGAAGAGGAACUGACUCAGCUGAGAGAUACAGUCACUAGGCUGGAAAAGGCUGCAACAGAGACAGAGCCACCAUCAAACAAUGAGAACCAAAGCCAAAUUGAAUCACUACAAGAGGAGCUCAGAAGCCUGACAGAGGAAUUGGAAAGGCUCAAAACUGCUGAAAACAGAGCAGCAGAGGUAGAGCAUUUACAGAAAAGUUUAAAGGAGAAAGACAACCAAAUAGCAUCACUUCAGGAAGACCUUGAACAGUUCAAGCAACACCUCGAGCGCAGCAAACAUGAAAGCACAACAAAGCUUGAACAAAUGCAAAACAGCUUGAGAGAGAGGGAAGCUCAGUUUUACUCGCUUGAAGAGGAACUGAAGCAGCAUAAAGAGCACAACACAAGUCAGGUGAACGCCUCAGCACAGCUGGAGUCUCUGCAGAACAGUCUAAGUGAGAAAGAAAGGCUCGUAACAGCUUUACAGGAAAAGCUGCAAUACCUGACUGAGGAAGCACACCAGGCGAGGGAAAAGAGUGAACACAACACAGAGGAUCUGCAGGCAUUCCAGACUGAGACCAUCAGUGCACUACAGUCACUUUUCCCACACAUCAACAUAAACACCAAACAGGACAAAUGGUUACAAGAGUUUUCAGAGAAAGCACAGGAGACUCUGAGUGCAAGAGAACAGUGCCUAGAAUCACAACAAAGCAAAGUGACAGAGCUGCUGGGGAGACUGAGUGAGGUUCAGGAGAGUCAGAGCACACUACAGGCAGACUGUGAACAGUACAGGAACGUACUGGCGGAAACGGAGGGAAUGCUCAAAACCCUUCAGAGGAGUGUAGAGGAGGAGGAGGUUGGGUGGAGGACCAGGGUCACAGAGUUGGAGGAGCAGCUGAGGAGGGCAUUGCAGAAGGUGCAGGUGUUGGAGGAGACGACAGAGAACCUAAGAGCUGAGAACAAGACCACAGAGCAGCUCAAGGAACAUGUGGUGCUUCUGGAGGCCCAGCUGGAGAAACAGCAUCAGUCUGAUUCCUCCAACAACCUAAGCCACUCUGAGGAGAUGGAACAGCUGAAGCAGCUGCUAUCAGAAUCUGAACACCAGCUACAGACAGCCCAGAAAGAGGCACUUUCACACCGAGAGGAGCUCGCACAGGUCAGGCAGCAGCUGAGCCAGAUGAAGGAGUAUGCAGAGAAAGGGGUGGAGAAUGGCCAGCCUGAGCCAUGUCAGGUUCAGGCUGAGUUGGAACAGACUGUGGAGAUGCUGCAGGCAGAGCAGGCUCUGAAGCAACAGCUUUCUGAGCAAGCAGAGCAGGCUCACAGGGCAGUUGCUGAACUUCAGAUCCAACUCGAUCUGCUGAGGGCAGCUGGGGAAAACCCCUCAGACACAGAAGAUGUGACUGAGCUUAAGGAGCGUCUGGAAAAGGAGAGGAAGUUGACCAAAGACUUGGGCCAAGCAGCAACCAAACUCCAGCAGCUGCUGAGGAGCAGUCAGGACCAGCUCGCCAAAGAGAAGGAAACUGUCAGGAUCCUUCAGGAGAAACUGCAAGAAAAGGAGGAAGGCACAGAACUGAAGGAAGGCACUUCGGUCUGAGUUGGAGGACACUACAUUUAGCCAAAACUGCCUUAAAAUGACCAAAAUAUUGCAUUCCUGAGUAUUUCCUUGUACUGUAGGUAGGCCACAACAAUUGCACCCAUCUAAGAAAUCUGAUAUCUUUAACUUUGUUUAGGAUUUAUGCUGGAACGUUUUUUACUCUUGUCAAAAAAUGAACAUUCCAUUGAGAAACUUCUGGCUAUGUCAGAAACAAUUACUUUAACUGCCUUAUAUUUCGUAAUAUCUUGUUCUGCCCUCUUGUUCAGUGUUAAAAGGGAAAUUGUCUGUACAUUAAAUGUACAUCAACUAGUGCAAUUACUUUUGUUUCAUGGUACAGACAGAACACCUGGAGUGCCCCCUGCUGUCUGUAGCUGGCCAGACCCCACUGUAUAAAUUUGAUAAUGAAUAAAUUAAAAUGGCUUAUUGCUUUAA